AUUAGUGAAUAAUUCGAAAUCGGUGCAAGAUAAGUUCCCGUGUGAAAUUGCUUUUUCGGGGAUUGGCUUUUCAUCGAUUUUGCAGAAGGAAAACAGAUUUUAAAAGACGAUCUGCCAUGUCGGACUACUUUGAGGAACUGGGCCACGAACCCACCGGACCGGAAGGAGCGAAUGAUUUUGACAGAAAUUUCAGGCGUCUCCAGGUGUUGGCCAUAAUGAAUGGCAUCGACAUGGAAAUCGAAGUGCCGGAGGCCUCCAAGCGAGCGAUUGCAGAGCUUCCGGUCCACGACAUCCUUGAAUCGGAAGUUGGCGGGGAGUUGGAGUGCUCCGUCUGCAAGGAGCCUGCUCAAGCUGGAGAAAAAUACAAGAUUUUGCCCUGCAAGCACGAAUUCCAUGAGGAGUGCAUCCUGCUUUGGCUGAAGAAGGCCAAUUCGUGCCCCUUGUGUCGUUUUGAAUUGGAAACGGAUGACCCGGUUUACGAGGAGCUACGAAGAUUUAAACAGGAUGAGGCUAACCGAAGGGAGCGGGAGAACACCAUUCUGAAUUCCAUGUUCGGAUAAUUCGGCGAUUUAAUUGAAGCAUUUUUAAAAACCAUUUUUGUAAAACGGUUUUGGGUCAAAUUUGUAGUAUGUGAUGGAAUAAAGUCGUUUUUGGGAAAAAUUUAA